AUGGAAAUAUAUAGGGAAGGAGCCUAUGUUGCUCUCAAAAUAUCGGGUUCGGAAUCAGCAGAUGGAGAAAGAAGAGAGCUCCAAAUCAUGCAGGAGUUGGCAUCUCAUCACCCUCGUCCGAAACACAUGAUAUACCUGCUUGACGAUUUCGAACUAAAGAGCCCGAAUGGAUGUCACCAAUGUAUGAUCUAUGAGCUCUUAGGCCCAAAUAUUCCGGAUACAAUUGAUACACACUUUCCUAGCGGCAGGUUACCCGGGAAACUUGCCAAAGCCAUUGCAAAACAGAGUCUAAUCGGGCUUGAUGCACUGCACCAAAAGGGUAUUGGACAUGGAGAUCUCCAUACCCGCAACCUGGCCUUCACCUUGCCACAUAUAGGCAAUCUCACCGAAGAACAAUUCAUGGAGAUGCUCGGGAAGCCAGAGAUUGGGCAUAUCCGAAGAUAUGACGGGAAAAGUCUAGAGCCUGGCAUUCCGAAAUACGUUAUGAAACCAGCAUCACAUCUGAACCAACUUUGGAAUUCGGCUCCGACAAUCAAAAUACUCGAUUUUGGGCAAACAUUUUUACCCACCGCAGUUCCCCAAACGCUGCACACUCCGUUGCCUAUCAGUGCACCAGAGGUUCUUUUCAAAGAUAGCAUUGAUUAUCGUGUUGACCUAUGGAGUAUGGGCUGUAUGUUACUGAUGGAUCGGCAGAUUUUUGAACUCUUCAUGGGCCAGCCGCCAUUCGAUACUUUCUUGAUAACACCUCCGAUUCUCAUCGGUCAAAUGUGUGAGCUGGCAAGCGAUGAUCUACCUCAAAGAUGGCGAGGGACUUUGGAUACGAUGAACGAGGGAUCAAGCGACGAAGAUACUGGGCUAAAUUUACAGAAAUGGCUGGAAGAACUGUACUUCGGUGGCCCGCCUAACCCCGAUUUGACAAGAGAUGAUAUUUCGAAGCUAGGAUUAAUCAUUGGGAAGCUAUUGUGCUUUGAGCCAUCUGCAAGAGCGUCGGCGAGACAAAUUCUUGAUGACCCUUGGUUUCAAGGGUAA